AUGCGCGAGCGCAUGCGGGCGACGAGCGGCGCGAGGGCCAAGGAGGCGCAGCAGGCGCGCGAGGCGAGGGACGCCGGGCGGUCGGGCAGCCGCAUCGGUGUGCUGAGGAGGACAGCGAGCGACGGCAAGGUGCCUGUCGCUCAAGCGCGACGAGGCGUACCGCCGCCGCCGGCGAGGGCGUCGACGGGCGUGCCGCACGGGCCUCGCUCCUCGCUCCCGCACGCGACCGGCGCCAGUUCCCGGUCGAGCAUCCCGCAGCCGGUCCGGCCGGCGUCGGCGCACGGCGUCGAGCGCCCGCCGUCGGUCGCGUCGUCGCACUCGACGGAGGGCGGCAGCGGCGGCACGACCCGUCGUCGAGGCCCGCCUCCUGCGCCGUCGGCAGCCAGUCGAGGGCGCGGACGUACUCGGGCGCCGAGCUUGCGCACGGCGCCGUCCAGCACGGACCUGCGCGCCGGGAGCAAGGGCCGGCCGGCCACGCUCGACCUGCCCGCCGCCGCCCCGUCCUCAUCGACGGCGCUCAAGCGCAGCCUGUCGCCCGUGCCGAUGACGCCGGCGACACCCUCGAGUGCGGCGAGCCGGCCGUCGCUUCGGCCCAAGCGCAGCCAGCAGCACCUGUCCGCCGCCGCCGCCGCCUCGUCGGGUUCCUCGGCCCGCACGAUCGACCGCAAGCGCUCGCUGCAGAACAUGUCGGCUCUCGCUUCGCCGACGCCGGGCGCGCCCGUCGCGACGUCGACAUCGGCAACGCGCUCCCGGUCGCGCCAGAACUCGUUGCGCUCGCCGUCGCCUGCCGGUCCUCGUCCCUCGUUCGCCGCACCGACCGCCGCCUCGUCCUCUCGUACACGCGAGCGGGUCCACUCGAGCCCGGCACCGCUCGUCUCGGCCUCGCCGGCGGCCAUGCCGACCUCGUCUUUCCCCUCAACCUCGUCCUCGACCUUGUCGCGGACGCCCUCAACCCUGUCGGGCAGCUCGUCCAGCUCGGCUCGACUUUUGCGCCCGACUCUGGCGUCGGCGUCGAAGGUGCGCACGGCGAGUCGGCCCAGCUCGCCGAUCAAGCCGCACCUCUCGCCCUCGCCUCGUCUGCCGUCGUCGGCGCCGUCCGGCUUCCUCAGCAGCCUACGCCUCCCGUCCACCGCGACGACGCUCUCGCGCCCGGUCAGCAGCCUGCGCACGGCGGCCAAGGCGUCGUACGGCGACGGCACCGAGCUCGACGCGUUCGAUGACCUGCCCGUCUCGAAGGAGCGCGAGCGCGAGCGUGUCGUCCCCCCCGCGAUGGGCCGCAAGAGCAGCGGGGCGAGCACGGCGACGGUCAAGAGCGGCGCGGGCAGCUGGGGCCGCAAGGAGGGCCUGCGGCUCGCGCAGAGGACGAGCACGCUCGCGCCCGAGAAGCGCGCCGUCGGCGCCGUGCAGGGUCGCAAAGAGGGAGCUGCGACGGCGGCGGGCAAGGCCAAGGGCAAGGAGCGCGAGGUGGAGAAGAAGGCGGGCGACCCGGAGAAGAAGCGGCCCAAGCGGAGGAGGGAGCCGCACCUCAUCCGCCACCUCGGCCCGACGAGCGCGAUCAAGGUCCAAGGCGAGAUGACGUACAACCCGGUCCUGCAGCGGUGGGAGGGCAACGAGGCCGUCCUGCGCGAGUUCGACAAGGCGCUCACGACCUCGACACGCCCUGCCCUCAUCUCGCCUUUCUCGUCCGCCAUCGGCUCGCCUCAUCGCGGCUCGUUCGCGCCGGCUCGUCCCUCGGCGACCCAGGUCGCAGCCGACCCUCCCCAUCCCGCCAAGCUCGUCCUGCCGCCCGGCGCCACCCCGUCCGCCUCACGCGGCACCGCCAAGGUCGUCGGCAACAUGGUGUUCGACCCGGCGACGUGCUCGUGGCACGCCGUCGACGGGCCCGACGCCGAGGACGAGCUCGAGCUCGACUGGGGCGGCGGCACGUCCGGCGGCGAGGCGGCCGACGACGAGAGCGCCUCGGCGGGUGCGCUCGGGGCGUCGAGCGGCGUCGAUGGAUGGGAGCUCGGCGAGCGCGAGCGCAUGCUCAAGAACCGGGCGAGCUUCGUGCUCGAGGAGGGGAGCGACGAGGACGGGUCGUCGAGGGUCGAGGUGGAGGACGCGAGGGACGGUGACGGGGCGAGGCGUCGUGCCCACAUGACGAGGAGGCAGAUCCUGCGCGAGAGCGAGGCGGCCGAGGCGCGCUCGCGGGUCGAGCUGGCGCCAUGGACGAUGCGCGAGGUGGACGAGGGGAACGAGCGCAAGUGGCUGUGGGAGCUGCGGGCUCUCGUCCUCGACAUUGCCUGA